UUUCCUCCUCUUGCAGGAUUUCCCCCCCAAACACCAUCAACAAAAAUCACCCAAAACCCUAAUCAGAAAACCACCACCACAUCCAAAUGUGGAUAUCGCGUUCAUCACGACUCACUAAAACCCUAAACCUCCGAUUCUAUUCUCAAUCUUCAGCAGCAGCAGCAGUUUUACCUCAAGAACCAGAAAUUGUUGUAACCCCAAAACCUCAAUUAUAUACAUAUUUAGAUGAUUUACCAAAACCCAAUCCUAAAUACUCAGAAACAAUCAUAGCAAUCCCUAGAACUGAUUCUGGUAAAAGUAUAGCUGCUAAAGAAAGAAGAGAUGGUAGAGUACCGAGUAUUUUGUUUGAACAAGAGAAAGGUGAAGAAGGUGGUAAUAAAAGAUUGAUUUCAAUAAGAAAUAAUCAGAUUAAGAAACUUGUGAAUCAUUUGGGGAGGUCAAUGUUUGAGUCUAGAUUGUUUGAUCUUGAAGUUAAAUCUGAUUUUGAAUCCGAUGAAAUUAUUGAGAAAGUGAGGGUUUUGCCUCGUCAGCUUCAUCUCGAUGCGGGAACUGAUGCAGUACUUAAUGUCACCUUCCUAAGAGCCCCUUCAAAUGCUCUAUUGAAGAUUAAUGUUCCUCUGGUUUUUAUAGGAGAAGAUGUUUCUCCUGGAUUAAGAAAAGGGGCUUAUUUGAAUACCAUGAGAAGGCACGUUAAGUACCUGUGUCCCGCAGACAUUGUCCCACCAUAUAUUGAAGUUGAUCUGAGUGAGUUGGAUGUGGGCAAGAAGAUAAUAGCCAAAGACCUCAAGGUUCAUCCAGCACUGAAACUUCUUGUACAAGAAGAUGAACCUAUCUGUAAGAUUAAAGGCGCUAGAAUGGAACAAAAGAAGGGAAACAAAUGAGUACUUCUUCUUCAGAAAAUAGUGGGAGAUUCUCUUGAUCGAAAUUUCUCUUCCCUUCUCAGAAAAAGGAGGAUGAAUUUGACAAUGGCGAUCACAGGGUUAGCAAUCACGUUCACAUGAUUGUUUGCAUGUCAGAUAUACGGACUGAAUCCUAUUUCGCAAAGCCAAUUGUGUACCCUUUUUUGUUCUAAGAUACUACUUUUGAGAUUAAUAACCAGUGUUGGAGAGUUAGACGAAUAGAGUGGGAGUAAUAUUUUGUUCGAUCUAGCAUGUGUUCUGCUUUUAUUGUUACUGUAAUGCUGCUUCUUACUAUCAAUUGCAUAUCAUUCCUGGAAUUUAUCUUUUAGUGGGUGUGAUUCUGCUUUUGCACCA